GCAACAGCCCCCAUGAAAAACAACAACAAUCAGUACAGUAGGGCUGGGAAAAAGCGAUGUGUCCGUGAAGAUUAGCACUUCAGGUCCAUAUCACAGUACUGUGCCCCCCGACUGUUGUUAUUUCUAUCGGAGCUUUAUAUGUCGAUGGUGCCGAGCUCAUGAACCUGGCCAGUCAAAGCGGGGAUGCUGGCGGAAGCCAGCUCCUCUUCGCCAACUUUAACCAGGACAACACGUCUUUAGCAGUCGGAACAAAAACUGGUUAUAAGUUCUUCUCGUUGUCCUCUGUGGACAAACUGGAGCAGAUCUAUGAAUGUACGGACACAGAGGAUGUGUGUAUUGUUGAGCGGCUGUUCUCUAGCAGCCUCGUAGCCAUUGUCAGUCUGAAAGCCCCCAGGAAGCUCAAAGUCUGUCACUUCAAGAAGGGAACUGAGAUUUGCAACUACUCCUAUUCCAACACCAUACUGGCGGUCAAACUCAACAGACAGAGGCUGAUUGUCUGUCUGGAAGAGUCACUUUACAUCCACAACAUCCGAGAUAUGAAAGUGCUGCACACUAUCAGAGAAACUCCUCCCAACCCUUCAGGACUGUGUGCCCUUUCCAUCAGCAAUGAUAACUGUUACCUGGCGUACCCAGGCAGUGCUACGAUAGGUGAAGUCCAAGUGUUCGACACAGUUAACCUGCGAGCGGCUAAUAUGAUUCCAGCUCACGACAGUCCUUUAGCGGCUCUAGCUUUUGAUGCCAGCGGAACCAAACUGGCCACAGCAUCAGAGAAGGGUACGGUCAUCCGUGUCUUCUCAAUCCCAGAGGGACAGAAGCUUUUUGAGUUUCGACGAGGGGUUAAGAGGUGUGUGAGCAUCUGUUCACUGGCGUUCAGUAUGGAAGGCCUUUACCUGUCGGCCUCCAGCAACACAGAAACAGUACAUAUCUUCAAAUUAGAGACUCAGAAGGAGAAGUAUGUGCCAGCGGAGGAGCCCACCACAUGGGGUGGGUACCUUGGUAAGGUCUUGAUGGCAUCCACCACAUACCUGCCUUCCCAGGUGACAGAAAUGUUCACCCAGGGGCGAGCCUUCGCCACUGUGCGCCUGCCUUUCUGUGGACACAAGAACAUCUGCGCCUUAGCUGUGAUUCAGAAGAUUCCCAGGUUGUUGGUAGCAGCGGCUGACGGUUAUCUGUAUCUGUACAACCUGGACCCACAAGAGGGAGGGGAAUGUACUCUUAUGAAGCAGCACAGGUUAGAUGGCAGUGCUGAACCACCCAAUGAGAUCCUUGAACAAGGGUCACAUGACCGCCCACUUGUGGCUCAAACCUACAGUGCUGCAGUCACUAAAGGUUACUGUGAAGAGCAGGGUGCGGUGGGAGGGGCGGGCCUAGAGGACGACCUCAACGACUUGCGCCUGGAGGAGGAGAACGAGCAGCCGCCACUCAUCCUCGAAACUGACUGACCCGGAGGACGGCUGCACCCACCAAUCAGAGGGCUCCUCUGGUGCUGCUACGAAUAUGUGACACAAGGGGGGGUAGAGGGCAGGAUCAAAGAUGGGGAGGAGCAUUUCUAGAUGCUCCAACGAGCCUGUCUUAACAGUUUGUACGUUUGUCUGUCCAUAUACAUGUCCCCCCCUCCUCCCCCCCUUUCCCUGCUCCUGUUUAUCCCUCAGUUUGGCCUGCGCGGGUCAAACUGAAGCUUUGCAUGUACAUGUGCCAACUGCGAAGAACAUGCUCCAAAUGUGAAAAAGCUGCGAGUGUGUGCGUGUAAGAUGUUUGAUUUAAAAAAAAAAAAAAAAUGUAGCUGUGUCUUCACUUUAGACACACACACACACACACACACACACACACACACAGAUGCAAGCACUGUGUAAAAUGAAAGUGAUUGUGUAAGUGCCUCUCUGCACCAUUGUCAUGCUUUCUUCUGUUUUGAGAGGGGAAUCUCUUUGUAUUGGCUUAAUAAAAUCUAUCCUCAGUUGUCAGAUCUUAAUUGAAGGUGUGUAUAAUAUUUUCUCUUUCUUUCCUCCAUUUACUUGCUCCCACACUGUCCUGAAAGAAGUGUGGGGGUAUCAAGUUUCCCCUCGGACUGAUUUCUGAGAGGCAUGAGGCGGAGGUGUUUGCGAAUACGAGUGUGUGUUUGUGCUGAGACCUCAUUUGUUUGCGUGUCUGUGUGCUGGGCAUGUACAUUAGCAAAACAUUAAGUAAUAAUUAGCCUACACUUGUCAUCCCCACCACCACCAUCACCACCCUCCGCUCACUUAUACCUCUGAAAACCUGAGGCUCAGCAGAUCCUCCCGCCCCCCCUCCCCUUCCUCGACAGGCCUGCAGUCAUUGGUUGAUUUAACUCUGAUGUUAAUGACCUUUUUAAAAUCUACAUAACCAAUCAUAACCAAUGAUGUGUCAUGCGUAAGAAAACAUGCAUGGUGUUGUUGACGUGGUACUGUGUCCAUACAUCUUAAGACAUUUAAGUGGUGACCAGUGGAGGUCAGACAGGAUAUCAACAGACAGCCAGGAGGCGGGGUCUUGCUCUUCAUUCUGCUGUAUAUUACUUAUCACUACCAUAUUGUUGGGUCAUGACCACAGUAGUGAGUGUCUGGCCGUUGAGUGAACUGUGGAUUAUAAUUUCAUCGACGUGGGGCUCGGGAUGAGUCUCAUCAGCUGGUCCAGAAUGCUGCAUGAUUCCCCAUGAUCCUUUUGGUGUGUGUGAAGCCGCUAAAAUGAGGAUUAUCUGUGGGAUUUCGGAGUGUCAGGCAUUUUCUAAUGAUUUUGUAUAAAAUGUGAAACAUUCAUCUGAUUCUAAAAUGAAAAUAAAUUCCAUGUUGAUGUAUCA